CGAUAUAAUACAUCGAUACAUUUGUUAAGCAAGAGAUUAUCUUAAAUAUUGUUGAGUCGUACACUUAUUUCUUUAAUUAAUUUCACAAGUGAUUUCAAUUCAUCGUCUGCUACAAAAUCAAAAAGUGUAUUACGUAUAGGUAUGCAUUCUAGUAUUGUACGGGUUGUUAAGUGAGAUGUUUCCUGUUAUUUCCUGUACAUUACCUGUUUUUGAAUGUAAUUAGUCUUUCAUAAUAGUAUCUAGAUAUAUAUUUUUUUUCUGUUUAAUGCUAUUUGAUGAUCGCUGCAACUAAAAAGAUAAUGUAAUUCGUCUCCUAUUUCAUUCAGGUUACACAGACUACAGAUUCUAUUUUCUGAUCUGCUUGCUAGCAAGAGGUCCGUCAGGGAGAAUUUAGUAAUUGGUUAAUAUUAGACCAAUUAUCUUUAAAGUACAAUGUACAGGUAAAUAAUCAAACACUACCCCGAAAACGGGCCAAAUUCAAAAGUCUCUAUGAUAAUAACCCUAGACCAGGGUCACAUUUUCGCCCACACAAUAUACAUUUAAAUUCCAUAUGGGUCAACCUUACUAGAUUUAUAUUAUUGCGAAAUACACAAAAAGUAGAAGUAGUUGUACAAUUGAAGCACAUCACAAUGAACACUUUAAGCUCAUGUAACCGAAUGGGCACAAACAACCAAACGCCUAAACAUAUUCACGAAAAAAACAAUAAGAACAAUUACUGUUUUAUCGUAUCGUUACAGUUUUUACUUCAUAAUCCACGUCAGAUAUUACAUAGUAACUGUCGUUUUGUACCUGUGCGUUAUGUAAUGUUAAUUGGAACCAGCAACACACGAACGUACCUUAUCUGUAAUGGUUCCAUAUUUACAAAUCUAAAACUCUCACCGUUGACUAUAUCUUACUUAAUUAAGAAUUUCCUUAACGAUUACGACAGGUUAGAGGAAGGUUUCGAUUUAGGAGCUCCCUAAGGUAAAGCUUGCGAAAACGUGGUCUCAAAACAAAUUAAACAAAACUGUGCAGCCUUAAUAUAUCUUAUUUACAUGUAUUGCUGAUAAUAUAUGCGUGCCUUUUAAAUAUUUGUCUAAUUUUAUUUUAUUCCUUUGUUUAAAUCGAUUCAAAUAUUAGAUAUUACAAUUAUGGUAAACAAAACAGUCGUUGAAAACUGACUUGAUGAGUUACACAGGACAACAUUCUAGGCUUUUGUGAUACGUCCUCAAAUAGAGCAUGAUGUGUCUGUGUAUAUCGUUACCAGGUGAGAACUAUUUCGUAACGGUUCGUUUGACUCAUUAACGAACGAGGCUGAGACUCUUGUGUAGGCGUUCUUACCGCCUAUAUGUAUAUAUAUUUAUUGACAAUAUAAUACACGUAUACCUUCUAUCGAGACUCGAAUAACGGCAGGUAAGGAAGAUGUGUAUUCCUCUGGGAUAUUAUUUAUUUACCGAGGCUCGAGGACAGGGUUGGUUAGGAAGAAGUCUAAUCAAACAAGUAGAAAGACAAGAUGAGUGACCCACCGUCCUAUGAUGACAGCGCUGCGUCGCACCAAAUGUCAUCUGGGGCAGAAAAGGCGCCCAAACCAGUCACCUCCAGAGACGUCGAAAUGAAUGCCCCUCCGCCGGCCUACGAUUCUUUAUUUGGGAAACUAAAAGAAGCAAAUAAGAAAUCGGAAGGGAAAGUUGACUUUGCCAAAACAGCCAUGGGCAUCAUAUGCGGUUCAGUUUUGUUCAUCAUAUGCGUUGGACUGAGUUUGGCUCUACCUAUAGCAGAAAUUGCAAUAGGUGCGUCGUACCUUCACGACUGUCCAGCCGAGCGGCUCAUACCAAUUUACUUGAUAGUGGCCGGCGUGUUUGGGACAAUGAAAGGAAUAGGACUUAUAGGUCAGAGUGUUAAAUCGAAAAAAGACGAGACCGAGGGCGAUGAGAAUGAGCAGAAGAAGUCCACAAAUGCAUUUGAUAGCCUUACCAACCUGUUUUUGUUUGCAUGGUUUAUUUGUGGAAAUGUAUGGGUGUACGGAUUGAAGGAUGAAUGGGUGUCUUCGCCUGCCACCGCUGGGAACUACUGCCACCCUACUCUCUACUACUUCUCCUUCUGGGUCAUCACCACCACCUAUAUCAUCAUGGGUGUCGGCUGCCUCAUCGCCUGCAUCAUGAUCGGUGUCUUCUGUUGUAUCGUUGGCAAGAAUUCAGAAUAACAAAGAUGCCAUAUUGUUUUCAAGCUUAGUUGUGAAGCCAUAUAGUUGUGGUCCUAUCGCUGAGCAGCUCUAUUGUUUGGCCCUAUAUAUGAAUAGCUCUAUAUUUUGGCCCUAUAGUUGAACAGCUCUAUAUUUUGACUUUUUUAGAAUGUUUAUUUGUCGAAACCUCUUCCUGAUAAUCAGCUGGAAUACUUAUCAUUAUUGUAUUUGAACUGAAAAUCAUCUCAGCUUGUGCAACAUCAUUGUCACUCGAGGAAAUAAGCCUUGUAAAAACUUUAAAAAAUAUCUUUUUAAUUACAUGUGUGGUUUAACUUCUAUCGCCAAAUGUUUACGUGUAUUAUACCUGCUUUUGCAAAUGCACCUGCAUAUAUUUUUUUUUUUUCAAUCUAUAAAAAACGGUUGUUAACAUAUAACGGCUGAUCAUACAUGCAAAUCGUGUCAAUAUUACACAAAGUGACAUCACUGAUUUCUUGAAAUUAAUAUCCUUUCUUUUGUUAAUAUUUUACAUAUUAUAGGCAGAUAUUUGAUGUGAUUGUCUGGUUACUUACUGUGUACAAAUUGUGACUCAAGAAUCAGACUUCGAAUCGUUUUGAGAAAAUAGGAAUAGGUGCAUUUCAGAAGUUCCAAGGCAUUCACUCCAUCCUCCAAAAAAAAUCUAAAUGAGGGGACACCCGGGUUCGAACCAGGGACCUCUCGAUCUGCAGUCGAAUGCUCUACCACUGAGCUAUAUCCCCAUAUAUCGAGACCAACUUUUAUCAGUAAGUUUCUCUAGCGAAGCCAACAUAUGGUGUACAUGUAAGUCAACACCUGUCAAGUUCUGUCCCUAUUAUCGGAGUAACCGUGUGUAUAGUUACAGAAUUGAUUAUAACGGAUAUGGUCAUGUAGGUAGGACGUGAGUAAGAAUAGCACCUGUUGCCUCCAUUGUUUGAUUGGCAAAAGCAACUAAAUUUGAGAUUUUUCUCUCCGUAACACUGUCUCGAUUUUGCCUACUGUGUGCUGAAGGCGAUAUGGGUUGGUCCCCUGUUCGAGACAAACCAAUUGUCAUUGUAAUCAAUAAGGACGUGUUAGCCCGUUGUGUGUAUGGUAUGACCAAUGAUAGAUACAUGCAAUAUGACAUGGUACCAGUAGUGUGUAGAACUGUCAUUUCAGUGUGAUGACGCUAUAAUAUCUUCGAAAUGUGGAACAUUAUAUUUAAGUUUUAAAAAGAC